AUGGCUUCAACCUUUGCUAUCGCGUUAACGGCGCUCAUACCUUUCACCUCACUCGUCAGCUUCUCCGGAUACCUCACCACCGCGGAAGACUCUCCGCUAUACCUUCUCCUUCACCGGAGAGGUGUCCAACUACCGACCAACGAUGGGUCUCUUCAACCUCAAGCGGAUCCGUUCGAGAUCGAGGAUCCCGUGACCCUCUCAGAUGGUGUCCCCGUCCGCGAGGACUCCUUCUGGAGGCAUGAGCGUAUGCUCAAGAUUUGGCUCCUCGUCUCAAUGGUCCCUCCGGUCAUCUGUAACAUCUGCCUGCUGAUCUUCUCCCUCAUCUCCUCGAAGGGCCUCGAAGAGCACGAGAGAGCUCGCACCAUCCUGCUCCCCAUUCUUUUAACGCCGGCUCAUGUUAUCACGGUCGUCCUCGCCCUCAAAUACCUUGGACAGAACAAGACGAGCACGCAUUGGCCCACAACAUGGCACUUGUUCGCUGGUCUCUCGACCCAGUUCAUCAUUUUGACUUUCCUCGCCAUCCUCCCGAGCACGCCCUACCCUCGCGCUCCCACGGACUUCAUCCCUCACGCUUUCCUCAACUUCUCCCGCACGGAUACCCUCAAGAUGCCGCCCUUGACGUCCGUGGGGGUUCUCACGGCCCUACUUCCCGUGUUCCAGUGGUUCCCACUCUGGGCCAUCAUCAGCAUGCGCCGUGGUCCUCCUCUGCACAUGCCCAUGAAGGACGUAUACCCUGCCAAAGUUGUGGAGUCGAUCCCCCCGGAUGCCAAGGGUCUCGACCCGACUGUGCCGAAUGUCUCGGGAGAGGCUCAGGUCACGGUCGUCGAGUGGUUCAUGUUCUCCUACGCCUCUACGGUUAUCGACAAGGCCAAGGUUAGCGACUCAAUGGAUGUCUGGGACCUGCCGAUUCUGAUGUCUGCGAUGCGCGCGUUCCCGAACUACCUCGCCUUCAAAAAGGUCUAUGGCCGCCGCCGCUCUCGCCUUGGCAAGUGGGAAGGUUACAACCUGCUCCUGCAGCUUGCCAAGGUCAAUGCUCGUCUGCUGACGGCUAUGGUUAUCCUCACUGUCAUCACUGCUGUCGGUUACUAUGCCCCGCACAAGCUUCUGCAGUGGUUUAUCGAAUACCUUCAGGUCGACCCUGGACGCACCAACGUUGGAUGGGGCUGGGUUCUUGCCUUCGGCCUGUUCAUCUCUAACGCCAUCAUCUACAUCCUGAGUGGUCUUAUCUGGUCUAUCAGCUCUACCUAUCUUCAGGGACGCUUCAAGCUGCAGCUGAACACCAUGCUGUACGCGAAGACUCUGCGUAAGAAGGAUGUCGCUGCUGGCGGAGACGACAAGGGAAUCGUUGGUGAUGUGAAGGAGGAGGCCGCCAAGGCGAAGGCCAAGAAGGAGCGCGGCGAGGAAGACGAGGAGGAAGACGAGGAGGCUGUCUCUUCCAAGUCUCAGAUUAUGACUCUGUUCACGGUCGAUGUCGACCGUGUCAGUGAGUUCAUCUUCCACUUGUUCACGAUCAUCGACGCUCCCAUCGAGAUCCUCGUCGCCACUGGAUUCCUCUUCCAGCUCCUUGGGACCUCUGCACUCUGGGGCCUGCUUGCCACCCUCAUCUCGAUGCCCCUCACCCACGUCGCUUCCAAGAUCGUUGUCACUGCGCAGGACAAUCUCAUGAAGGCGCGCGACCAGCGUUCGGCUCUGAUGAACGAGCUUCUUCAAGCCGUUCGCAUGGUCAAGUUCAUGGCAUGGGAGCGACCUUUCGAGCGCCGCGUCAACCAGAUCCGCCGCAGCGAGCUUUCCUGGCAGGCGCGAAACUACCAGAUCGAGGUCCUCUUCAAUUGCAUCUGGGCUCUGACUCCGGUCAUGGUCACCAUCGUCGCUUUCAUGCACUACACCCUUGUGCGCGGUGAGAAGCUCACGCCCGCCAUCGCCUUUACCUCGAUUGCGGUCUUCGACGAGCUCCGAUUCGCCCUGAACGCCCUCCCGGAGAUGCUCAUCCAGAUGCUCCAGGGCUUCGUCUCCUGCCGCCGUAUUGAGAAGUACAUGUCCCUGCCCGAGGUGCCCGACGUUGAUCCCUUUGCUGGCGGCGACAUCGUGCUCCGCAACGCUACCUACACUUGGGCGAAGGACGAGUCGAAGAGCCCCACCAAGUCUGCCGCUCCCACUCCUCGCCCCGACUUCUCGCUCGCGGACCUAUCGCUCCGCUUCCCCGCUGGCAAGCUGUCCCUCAUCUGUGGUCGUCUUGGUUCUGGAAAGACUCUACUUCUCUCCGGUCUUCUUGGUGAGGCCGACCUCGUCGCCGGCCAGGUCGAGGCUCCUCGCUCCAAGCCUGACGCUAUGUCUCAGGCCGAGGACAAGCUCACGUCGGCGGAGUGGAUCAUCAAGGACAACGUCGCCUACGUGCCGCAGCAGGCAUGGCUCCAGAACGCCACAAUCAAGGACAACAUCAUCUUUUCCAGCCCGUGGGACCCCGUUCGCUACGCUCAAGUCAUCGAAGCGUGCUCUCUGACUACCGACCUCGAAAUUCUCGAGGACGGCGAUGAGACUGAGAUUGGCGAGAAAGGUCUGAAUUUGUCGGGCGGGCAGAAGGCUCGUGUCUCUCUCGCUCGUGCUGUCUACUCUCGUGCCGGCGUUCUUUACCUCGACGAUGUUCUCUCGGCUGUCGACGCCCACACCGCCCACUUCAUCAUGGAGAACUGUCUGCAGGGUCCCCUCAUGGCCGACCGUACAAUUCUGCUCGUCUCGCACCAUACUGCUCUCGUCAGCCCCGGUGCCGCCUACAUCGUUGCUCUCGAGAACGGUGAUGUCAAGUUUGCGGGCACCCGUGCUCAGUUUGUUGAGUGUGGCCUGAUGAAGGAGCUCGAUGCCGAGGACCCGGAGUCUCAGCCGACCGCCGGCGAGAGGGCCGAGGAAAGGACGAUUGAGGAGCUACCGGCUCUCAAGCACAAGAGCGUCGUUAGCCUUAGCGGUGCCGGACCUUCUGGCUCUGAGCCCGGCUCCGAGACUUCUUCGAUCACCGACAUCACCGACGACUCAAUCCCCGCGGCCCCCGUCAAGACGCCUCGUAAGCUCAUCGAGGACGAGAAGCGUGUCCGCGGCCGCAUCGCCUGGUCUGUGUGGCAGCUCUACUUCCGCUCGCUCGGUGGCCCCAUGUGGUGGAUCUGUUUCAUCGCCAGUAUCAUCAUCGCCAUGCUUGUUCCCGUUGCCGAGCGUGGCUGGGUCAAGUACUGGGCGGGCGCUGACGACCGCGAUGGUCCUGCUCACACCGCCGUCUUCUACGUCGUAGGCUACGCCAUCAUCGCCGGCUCGGGCUGUAUCCUUGAUAACGUCGAGUUCGCUGUCACGUACAUCGGCAGUCUGCGCGCAAGCCGCCUGCUUCACGCCAAGAUGCUGCAGGCUGUUCUGUUCGCUCCCCUCCGCUUCCACGACACGACCUCGCGCGGUCGUAUCUUGAACCGCUUCGCCAAGGACAUUGAGGGUCUCGACAGCAGCAUGGCCGACAACUUUGUCCGUACCGUGCGCUACGGCUGCAACGUCGCCGUGACUCUGACCACGGUCGCCUACUUCGGCGGAUGGCCCUUCAUGCUCGGUGCCGCGCUCACGAUGAUCGUCUACUACCGCGCCGGAAGCGUCUACGGGCAGGCGUCCCGCGACAUGCGUCGCCUCGACUCUGUCACUCGCUCCCCGCUGUACUCGCUGUUCGGCGAGACCGUCAGCGGUGUCGCAGUUCUCCGUGCUUUCGGCGCCAGCACCGUCGCGCUCUCGCACAUGAUGCGCCUCAGCGACACGAACAUCCUCUGCUUUUUCUGGACGUGGACGAUCAACCGCUGGCUCUCGGCCCGCUUCAACAUUCUCUCCUCGGCGCUCGUUGGCCUUACCGCCGCCGCCAUGCUCAUGGCGCCCGUGUCCGCUGCCACUGCCGGUUUCGCCCUCGCCUUCGUCUCGACGGUCAUGCACAACCUGCUCUUCGUUGUGCGCCGCUUCGUCCAGCUCGAGCAGAGCAUGGUCGCCCUCGAGCGUAUCAAGGAGUACUCGGAGAUUCAGCCCGAGGCGGCCGAGUACGUCGAGCCUGGCCCGCCCGAGGGCUGGCCCGCCAAGGGUGAGAUUGAGGUCAAGGACCUCGUCAUCAAGUACGCGCCCGAUCUGCCCGACGUCCUCCACGGGCUCACGUUCAACGUUAAGCCUGGAGAGAAGGUUGGCAUUGUCGGCUCAACGGGUUGCGGCAAGAGCACGCUCGCCCUCUCGUUCUUCCGCUUCGUCGAGGCGACGAAGGGCAGCAUUGUCAUCGACGACGUCGACAUCAGCACCCUCGGCCUGACGGAUCUGCGCUCGCGCAUCAUGAUCAUCCCCCAGGAUCCCACGAUUCUCAGCGGUACGUUGCGCAACACGCUCGACGUGUUCGACGAGUACAGUGACGCCGAGAUCUACGAGGCCCUCCGCCGCGUGCACCUCUUGAGUGAGGAUGCGACGCAGCCGCCGGCUCCUUCUGCCGCGUCGUCGUCUGAAGCCACCGUUGUCGGCGAGCGCAACGCCAAUGUCUUCGCCGACCUCAACUACCCCGUCACGGAGGGUGGCGACAACUUCUCGACGGGCGAGAAGCAGCUGCUCUGCAUGGCUCGCGCGAUCCUGCGCCGCAACAAGAUCCUGCUCAUGGACGAGGCGACUGCGUCCAUCGACGCCGAGACCGACACGAUGAUCUCGGAAACGAUCCGGACCGAGUUCACCGACUCGACCAUCCUCACGAUCGCGCACAGGCUGCACACCAUCAUCGACUUUGACACGGUCAUCGUCAUGGACAAGGGCAGCAUAGCGGAGAUGGGAUCGCCGUACGAGCUCCUGCGCAAGAAAGGGCGCUUCUACAAGCUCUGCAAGGCGACGGGCAAGACGGAGUUUGCCGCGCUCAAGGAGUCGGCGGACAAGGCAGAGGAGAGGCGCAAGAACGCGAAAAAGUAA